UAAAUUUAGGGCCUGAAAAAAUGUAGAUGCUUACUUCCUUUAUAUGAUUCAUUUUACGUUUUUAGAUCUUAACUAAUAGAAUUAAAUUGUUAAUACCAAAUGAUGAAAAUAUGCUGAACAUUGCAAUACUGUGUUUGAGCUAUUAUGUAAAUUAUGUGUCCUGUUUAUCUCUCACCUCUCCUGCUAUAAUUGAAGAAGUUGUUGGUAGAUCUGUUACCAUUACAUAUGUUACUGAUAUUACUGAUGUUGCUGAUAAUGUUGUUGUAAAUUUUAGAAUUAAAUAUAAUGACUCUCGGAUUGCUGAAGGUACUGAUAGAUUGUUUGAUAAAACUCCUCCCACACCAUUUGGUAAUCGACUACGUACAUCUACAACGUUACAAAAUCAAAAGGAGUAUAGUCUGUUUAUAGAUAAUUUAAAAUAUAACGAUACUGGAUUAUUCUUCGCAGAAAUCAGAAUUUUUGACCCAAAUUUUAAAGCGAAUAGCACUACGAAUUUGAUUAUUUAUGGUGGUCCAAGCAUAAUAUCAAACUUCUCAUCAACCUAUACCGUAGAGGAAAAUACAACAAAUUACAAGGUACCUAUCAUUUUACAAGGACAUCCAAAACCACAAGUUACUUGGGAAUUUGAUGGAAAUGAGAAUGUAAGGAUGGAAACAAUUGAUGAAAAAAAGAGAAAAUACAAAUACAUUCUUACUAUACCAAUGAUCACGAGAGAAAUGAAUGGAAAAGUUCUCAGUUAUAAAGCAGUUGGUUAUAAUGAUAACAAAGUUGUUGGAAGUACAAAGCUAAAUGUUACGUAUUCUCCAACAUUAUGUGACACUGCUGUGAAAGAAGUAAUUGAAUUCGCUGAUAUCGCCUCUGCUAUGUUUACUACACGUGUAUGUGGUAAUCCAAUUCCCACUGUCUCUAUGGAAUUUGAUGGUGAACCUGUUGCUGCCGUCCUAGAUGCAGAAAAGGAUAAAUACAAAUACACUGUAAAUUUAACACCGUACCUUUUACCGAGUAGAUGUGGAAAAAAGCUUAUCGUUACUGCUAAAAACAAUAAAGGUGAAGGAACCAGUAGAAUUGUGCUAAAAUACAAAUUAUCUCCUAUUCCAAUAAACAGCACGAUGAGAAAAGUAGGUAGCUGUAUAGAUACAAACUGGAGUGCUCCAAACACUGGUGAAUGUGAUGUAUCAUACAAAGUGGAUUAUUUAGACAGCAACAAUGUAACAAUUCAUUCUAAGGUGUUUCAUAACAAAGAACUAAAAGCAGAAUCGUGUGACACAAAAGUUGUAUCUAAUACUAUAUCAGUACGAGUCACAGCCGUAUCAAAUGAUACGAGAGUGGAGCCAGGUGAUGGCGAUGGUGAAACAUCUGGAAAUACGGUUGCCGUAAUUGUUGGAAUUGUUGUUGCUGUGGUUGUUGUAAUAAUCAUUGUAGUAGCAUUCGCUGUGUACCACUAUAAAAGAAACAGUGAGAAAGAUUCUGAGAAACAAAGCACAGGAAGCGGAAGGAGGCCAUUGAAUGAAGAAACUCCAUUCCCACAGCGUUCUGAUGCUGAUGGAUAUGCGAUUGCUGAUGAUCUUAUAGAAAAUAAUGUAGAAAGAAAAAAUAACACAGAAGGAAUAAGUUUAGCACAAUUAGAUGACGGAACUUACGACCAACUCGAAGUAAUGAACGACAAUCCCUACAUCAAGAACGGAGCUAGCGUUGAUAAUGCUGCUGCUAAGGCUAAUCCACCUAAUAACAUGAAAACUUACGAUUCUGCUGCGAAUGCUGUCGAUAAACAACCGAAAAAACCGGAAGUAUAUGCUUAUUCACGACCGAGAAACACGGGUGAUUAUAAUGGAGUGAAUCCGCUCGCCGGAAAAUCAACGAAUCAAAAUUUAUACUCAGAACCUGAAAGACAGACAUCUCCCGAACAACCUUUGGGCGCUGGAAAAUCUGGAGCAGCGAACCCGAACUUAUACGCUCAAGUUGAGAAAGAUAGGAAGCAACCGAGUAAAGGCGAGAAAUAUCAGCCUCAGCAUUAUGACAAAGUUUGUGACCCUCCUGAAGUGCCGGCGCAUAUACAGCAGAUGUACGCACAGAUAGAUAAAAGCAAGAAACAAAAAAAGUGAUUGUGGUGGCAGUCAUCAUUUCGUAGCUAUCCAAAGAGCGGCACCAUUUUCUUGUUUUAUAUAUGCAAAUUUGUUUGCUGCACUUUUAGAAAUACGAAAUUUUGGCUGAGUAUUAAUAAUGUUUAACUUUCAGAUUGUUGCUUAUUGACUAUCUACUUUAUAUGUUUCAAACUUCAGGUUGUAUCACGUUUUUCAUCGUAUGAAGAAAAAGGUAAAAUGUCAAAAACUAAUUCUGUUUUUUAUAAUCCAUGAUUGUGUCGUUUUUCUUUUUCUUAAUUACUUCUUCGGUUUAGUUGUUAUUUAUAAGUUGUUCGUUAUUAAAAUAUAUGAGCCUAAUGUCGCUUAUAAAAGCAUUUUUUUCUUGAAAAUAUGGACCUUAAGACGUGAAAUUUAUUUUGAAUUAUUAUCCAAAUUUUAGUAAAUAAUAAUAACUAGAAAGUCUUGAUAGCAAUGUUUUAUGAGGAAAUAUAUGGAUAAGAAGCCUAGAAAUAACAUUUAGUAAAAGAAUAUGUUAAAAAAAAUUCGAAUUUGAAAGUUUUACUGCCACCUUUUAUGCAACUAUUGCAAAAGUCUGGUUUACAUUUGACGUAAGUUUAAAACUGUUUAAUUCUAGUAUUUUAAUUGUACGUAAAAGUUAAACUGCCAGUAGACUGAUACAUAUUGACGCCAGAUCAGUUUCUGUCUUUUUUUAAGCUACUUUAAUUCAUUAAAUCUUGCCCAAACGAGCCGAAUUUUUAUUAUGCUGAUUUAAAUUGAAGUGAUUUUAUAUGUCGAUGUUUUAACCUGGUAUCGAUGAUUGAAAGCUGUUUCAAUCACCGAUACCAGGUAUUCACUGGAAACGUAAGCAACAAUGUGUUUAUCAAAAAAGAAUCAAGGGCGUAAUUAAAAUCGACACAUAACUUUUAAUAAGCGAGAGGUAAUGGUUUAAAAUAGCUAGUUAAUUGUACGUUAUUUCUCUUCAUAAACAACAAAACAAAUUUUGGAAGUUCAGAAUAAUAGUUGCAUAUUUUUAUAACAGUAGAAAUAGUUUGCAACGUUACUGUGAAGGGGUGUGUGGGCCAUUUAAACGUCUUGUUGAUAAAGUAGCUGUUGUUGACAUAUUUUUCCAAGCAUCAAACAUUUCAGUAAAUUUUACCCAUUUUGUUUUUUUGUUGUUUUUAUUUAUUUAUUGAACGAUAUUUUCUGUUGUGUUGCAGACUAGUAACUAACAUUUAAUGAUAUAUCUGAUGUAUCUUUUGGGAAAGUCAAAUAUUGUUCCUUUAAAAGAAUUAACAUGGCUGUUGUAGAUAUUUGCACAACGAGUCGUUUUAAUACAUAAUAUAGUUAUUUAAUGUUUAGCAACGUUAGAAUUUACCGUUCGAAUUUGUCUUUAUUGAUUAUAGCAAGUUAGAUCUGCUUCUUUUUUAUUUUGUGUUGUGGUGUCACAUAAAAUAUUUUACCCUGUUGUUAAAUAUUUUCCCAAACCUAUCGCUUUGAAAUAUAUAUAAACAUCUAUCGUUUUUUUUUUUUUUUUUUUUGCACUUGCACAUUUUUUUUAAUAGAAACACACUUGUCAGUAAAUUUUUAUAUUUCCUAAAUGUUUCGUGUAGAAAAAACGCGUGGGCUCACAUAAACACAUGUACACCUGUAUAUAGAAUAUAUGCUGUGAACAUCACACUUUUCCUUUAAAAGGGUGUAUGUGAUAUUUAUCUAGAAUACUUUUAUGUGUAAGGUUACGGGGUUAUUAUAUUAAACGACAUAUUUUUGGUUUUGUAUAUAGCACAAACACAUAAUUUUUAUCAACAAACGGAUGAUCAGGCUUGUUUAGUUUUCUCAAAGAACGUAACGAUAUAUGAAAUCUUUUUUUAGUAAUUCUGAUUCUGAAUUAUAUAAGACUUCAUUUCAAGUAAGAAGAAAAAAUAAAAAGAGAUUUUAUUUAUAAUUUUAAUAAUCUUCUUUUAAUAAGAUUUUGCCGCAACAAUCAUUACGAAAUUUUAUAUCUCCUUAACAUGCUUCGAUCUCAACUGCCUGUUUUUGCUGGAGAAGAAAUGUUCCGAUAUUAUUUUUUAAAUCGCAGUUGAAAGUUGCAAGUUCCUAAUGCAAGACAAAAAGCAAGGCAAAUUUUAGACAUAAAUUCGUUUAGUUUGUGCCUGUUAAAUACAUUUUUCGGUAUUUGCCAAUCCAAUCAUUUAUUGACGUUUUAGUCAAUGGCAAACUUCCUUGUAUGUAGAGUCGUUGUUUAAUUAUUAUGUAACGUGUAGUAGUUAGUAGCAAAUAUCUUGUUAAUCUUGGUUGA